AUGGACCAUAUUCAAAAUUCGGCUUUGGCACAACGUCGCGUUACGCUGGCGGGUCGAGCCACCCGAACACCGAGAGUGAAUAGGCGAACAAGUUUAUUCGGCGGUGUUUCACAAUCAAAUGCACAACAAGGAGGAGGAAAUGCGAGUAAUCUACCUAAGGAUAUCAGGCCGAUUCGUGAGAAGCAAUAUCAAAUAGAGUCUAUAAAAAUAAUUGCCGAUUAUUUGAAUGAAGCCGAGUAUAAGUAUAUAGUCGACGAAAGAUUGUUUCAAAUGCCGACGGCAAAAGAAUAUCAUGCAAUUUUCAAAUUUGUAUUUCAACGGCUUGAUCCUGGGAAAGAUAUAACCAAAAUAGAAGAAAUAGUAAAUGUCUUAAGAUGGAUAAAGUAUCCUUAUGCUCAUGAAAUUUCGAAAUCUUCAUUGCAAGCGGUCGGGAACGUGCAAACAUGGCCAAACCUUCUUGGUGCACUAAGAUGGCUAGUGGAAUUUGUUGCAACUUGGGAGAUCAUUGACCAAUUAGAAAAAGAGGCUGAAGAGGAGCCAUCACCAUUUAACCCUGACACGGCAUUUUUUACCUAUAUCACUAAAGCUUACAAUGUGUUCUUAGAGGGCGAAGAUGAUUAUACAGAAAUGGCAGAAGAAUUGGAUACUGCUUAUGAACAAAGCAAUGCAGAAAUUGUGAAUCAAACUGCUGAGUUACAAAAGAAUGUUGACACGCUUGAAAAAGAAUUGAGUGAAAUGAAUGAGGACCCAUUGACUACUGUCCAAAACGAGAACAAAACAUUGCUUUCGGAUAUGGGCAAGUUUAAUGCUUAUACGAAGCAUUUGGAAGACAAAAUAAACAAACUCAAAGAUUCCAUCUCCAGAUUAGAAGAGCAGCAUCGAGGAGCUGAGAGCGAAUUGGCGAAAAUCGAAGAGGAAAAGGCUGAAAUUCAACAAAAAGUUGACAAUCAACCAAUAUCUCCGGAUGAUGUCGAGAGGAUGCACAAAGAAAGUGAACAAAUAACCAACAAUCGUAAUUCUAUUGCCGCAAAGAUGAAAGAACUUGCAAAAAUACAAUGGGAAAAAGGAUUAGAAUUAGAGAAAAAGAUUUCCGAGAUUGAAAAGCAAAUCCAAUAUUAUAAUACUAGUCUUUAUCGUGUUGGCCUGCUUCCAUCAAGUGCGCAAUAUGCCGAUGGAAAAGACUAUGAAUUGUCACUUGACACGGACGCCGAUCGAAUAGAUAAAGUGAUUUCCUUAGAUCUUAGAAAUUUUGUCAGGGUUAAGCUUUCAGAGGUUCGAGAAAAUUUCAAUUGCGAGUACGAUAAAAUACAGGAGCAGAUGAACCAAAUCAGUGAAGAAAUUCAUCGUCUAUGUGAUGAUAUUGCAGAAAAAGAGAUGGAUUUGAAAACAUUGGAUGAAAAUAAGAAUAUACUCGCACAGCAAUUUGAAGAGAUAAAGCAGCUUGAACAAAACGAAGCUGAUUCGUUAGCUAAGCGAUGCGCAGCUUUCGAACAAAGGGUGUGCUAUUUGCGGUCAGAGGGCGCGUCCGCUUACGUUGAAUGGAAACAAAAACGUCAAGAAAUUCAAAUUCAGUAUGAUCGUUGUCAACAAGAAUAUAAUUCUGCGCGAGAAACGACAUACAAUGAUUUUAAUCAAAUUAAGAAUGAACAACUUCGAAGCCUUCAACAUAUUUCAAGCGUCUUAGCCGAUUUAAAACGGCUAUCGGAAAACGAAUUGAACGCGGAAUGUUGA